CGGCAAGGCGCUCUAUGAAGGUGAGAAUUUCGAAAUCAAGUCUGCUUUCAAAACCUAAAAUCUGUCAAAAUUACUUGGCAGACGAGAAUCGCUUCGGUACCAAAAUGCUGGAGAAGAUGGGCUGGACCAAGGGCAAUGGCCUGGGCGCCAAGCAGGAUGGCGAAAAGGAUUUCGUGCGCAUUCGCUUCAAGAACGACGCCGAAGGAUUGGGAUUCGAGGCGAGGGAUGAUCAGUGGACCACUCACGAGGAGGGAUUCAAUGGACUACUGAAAUCCCUGAAUGGCGAAGAAACUGAGGCUAAUGGCAAGGAGUCGGAAGCCGAAGAGGAAGCCAGACCCAUGGGAUUUGGCUUCAAGGCCGAGGAACCGGAGGAGCCAUCGAAGAAGAAACUCAAGGAGAAGAUCAGUGGCAUCUCACUGGAAGAAAAGUCGAAGCAAAGUAGGGCUCGUGUUCACUACAAGAAGUUCACACGCGGCAAGGACUUGUCCCAGUACAGCGAAAAGGAUUUGGCCAAUAUAUUUGGCAAAAAGGCCACAGACGAUUUCGAGGCACCAGAAGCCGUGGUGGUUGAACAGCCCCAGGAGGAAAAGGAGGUGGAUGCCAAUUUCGCUGGCGUGCAAACUGUUAGCACGGGUCUUUCUGUCAGUGAUUAUUUCAAACAGAAAAUGGAGGCCAUGAAGAACAGGAUGAAAAAGGGAGGUGAGAGCACUUCAACGAAGAAUCCAGAAGAUACUGAAGCUCAGGCUAAUGGCCACGAUGAGAAGUUCGAAGACACCUUAACAGAGAAUGACCAAGAGCCCAGCAAAAAAAAGAAGAAAAAGAAGGACAAGGAAAGGACUGUCGAGCCACCAGUGGAGGAGGAAGAAGUCGAGCAAACCGCUGCCAAGCUAAAGAAAAAUAAGAAAUCUAAACCAUCGUCUCAAGAUGAAGCUGAGCAAUCGGAGGAAAAACUUGUAGAAAGCGAGGAAUCCAAUCCCCUUAAACGAAAGAAAAAGAAGAAGGACAAACAGGAAGAAAUUACAGAAGAUACGAUAGAAAUCAUUGAAGAACCUGCCUCAAAAAAGAAAAAGUCUAACAAAAAAGAAGAAACUGCAAAAAAAGAGAUAGAAGCCGUUGAACAAACUGAAGAACCUGUCCCAAAAAAGAAGAAAAAGUCCAAGAAAGUCGAAUUGCUGGAUUCCGAAGUAAUUAUAAUAGAAGAUGACUUACCACAGGACAAGGAAUCUGAAGCUUCAGAUGAAAAGACUAGUAAAAAGAAAAGUAAAUCAAAGAAAAAUGAAGAUGCCCAUGUAACUCAUUCAGAGAACACUAUCGAAAUAACAGAGGAAACCUCUACAAAAAAGAAAAAGAAGAAAAAUAAAUCUAUAAACUCUGUGGAGCCCGCACCUGAACUGUUGAUUCCUGCACUUGCUGUCGCCGUGGAGGCGGAAGUCAAAGACGUAAGUGCCGACGAUGAAGAUCCGCCCAAUGACCUCUUAUCACUGGAUGAGAUUAAUGAAAAACUAAAAACAUUCAACACUUUUCAAAUCUCUAAAUUUUGUGCAGACAAAUUCCAAUUGUUCGACAUGAGUGCCUUCAUAAAUUCGACGCUGAGCGAGAUCGUGGGCUAUGCGAGCAGCGAUAACAUCGAGCUGGAGGUGAUUGAUAAUGACACCGACAAACAGCGCAUACUCGAUCUGUGGAGCAAUAAAUCCCUCAAGGAAUCUAGGCAAAAGUUUCAGCACAUACGAUAUCCGAGAACUGUUAAGAAGAACACCAUUCGAGCGGUAAAGAAAAGAGUCGCAUUUCAAGGAAUUUAGUUCGAGCAAACGAAAUAUAAUUCAACGUGAUUCUUAUUAUGAUUGUUUUGUACAUAGACAACUUAAGUAGGUAGAUUGUAAGCUUCAUGGUUUACAUUUUAAUGUAUAACAAGAUAUUUAAAUAAACUGAACUAUACAUUUCAA